AUGCCACCCAAACGACCUUGUCCAACGUCCGUCGAACUCGAGAUCGACCAACUCAUCGACGAUAACCUCGAUAUCGAUAUCAAACCAUUCUUCCCUAAGUCCAACUCAGAAAUUUCAGAAGAAGAUUCACUCAAAGAUAUCAAACCUAACCCCGUGCAUACCUCUACAUCAUCAGCAGCUAGGAAGAGAUCAAAAUCCAACACCCAAUCCAGUAUCAAAACACCGAGAUCUACUCCAACGAAAUCCACUCUUUCUCCUGUCAGGUCCGAAAACCCCCCUAACGCUGCUAGUGCAAAAGCGAGAUUGGCAGAAGUGAUCAUUGAAUCUGGACUGAAAGGGUACGAUAGAAACCAAGUUGAACUUGAGACCGGUUUGACCAAGAAUCAACAAAUUGAAAUGCUCAAAAAGGGAAGAGGAAGUUUAUGGAAAGCCUUAUAUGGGUUUGCAUCUACUCUUUGA